GCCCGAGCCCGAGCCGGAGCCGCGAGCCCCGGGCGGCCGGGGAGGGCGCCCAGAGCUCUUCGCCUCACCUGGUCGGGGAUGUGCGGGGCUGUCCGGCUCGGGGCGCACGGAGGUCCCCAGCUCAGCCUCGGUGUCUGAACCGCAGCCGGCCCCCGGCGCCCCAAUCUGAAGACCAGGCUCGCCACUGGCCCCCGGAGUAUGCCCUCUGUCCUGCCCAAUGAUCCUCUUGCAGCACGCCGGACUUCCUCCCCCUGAGCAGCUCUCACCCCCUCUUCCUAUGUCAGUGGCAACCAGGUCAAGAACCACCUUUCUGCUGUCCCCCCAGAGACCUCUGGGGCUGGAGGCCACUUUGCCCCUGGCUAGGGCACAGGAGCUCACUAGGGCUGGGGCCGUGGAGCCGGAUUUUGCACUGGAGGAGCUAUGUAGGCCCUUGUACUGUAAACUCUGUAAUGUCACCUUGAACUCAGCCCAGCAGGCUCAAGCUCAUUAUCAGGGUAAAAAUCAUAGUAAGAAACUCCGGAAUUACUAUGCGGCGAGUAGCUGUCCACCCUCCACCAGAAUGAGCAAUAUAGUGGAGCCUGUACCCCCUCCUGUUGUGCCAGCUCUCCCCCAGGUGGAUGUCUCCAAGCCGGGCAGCAGAGUGAUUAGGGCCACUGAGAACGAUUACUGUAAGCUCUGUGAUGCUUCCUUUAGUUCCCUUGCUGUGGCCCAGGCUCACUACAAGGGGAAGAAUCAUGCCAGGAGGAUGAGACUGGUGGAGGCCCAGAACAACUUGUCCUUGGAUUCAUCAGAGGUGAGUCAACGGAGGACCCGGAAAGAAGGAAAUGAAUAUAAAAUGAUGCAAAAUAGGAGGAAUGCAUAUGCUCUUCAAAAUAAUACAGGGCCUUACUUCAAUCCUCGAUCUCGACAGUGGAUUCCCCGUGACCUUGCCAUGUGUGUCACCCCCAGCGGCCAGUUUUACUGCUCCAUGUGUAACGCUGGGGCUGGUGAAGAGAUGGAAUUUCGGCAGCAUUUAGAAAGUAAACAACACAAGAGCAAGGUGUCUGAGCAGCGGUACAGGAACGAGAUGGAGAAUCUGGGAUACUUAUAGUGGAGCCCACUGCUGAUUGUCAUUUCAGAUAAAGCAGUUUGUCUUGCUUGCUUCUUUUGCCUUCUGUCAACCUGUCCUGCUUUGUGGCCAUUUUUGACAUGAGUACAUGCCUCUGCUUCCAUGUAGAUGUCUAUAAACCUAAUGGUACCUUGAGGCUUUAAAUUCUGAUUUAAAAAGAAUGAGCUUUUUGGGUCAUGAUGGGUUUUCAGGUUAGUGUUGUUUAGCUAAUCUUCAGAAGGCAUGUGGCCUUACGGUAUGAGAAGUAGCUUUGGAAAUUGACUAGGUGCAGGUAAGUGUAGGUUUCAGUUCUUCCAUGCCUUUAUGUGGGCUACCAUCUUGGUGCAGUAUGACUAGGAUGAUUGGUAUAAAUGGCUUCAAAGUCUUUCCUGACACUUUAUUCCUGUUAUAAUGUGAUCUCUUCAUAGAACUGUAAGGGUCUGCCCACUGUGUGAAUUUCAUUGCACUCCAGCACAUCUAAUUCACCCUCCUUGUGACCAGGCUUCAUUUUCAGUUUCUGAUCUCUGCCUGCCUUCCACUUCUCUACCACUACCUUCUGCAUCUUAGAUACAUAUUUUUCAACUUUAAUCAGCUUGUUUUUGUGUAGUUCUCAGCUGUGCUGUGGGUGUUUUUUGAGGUUCAAACAACCCUAAAUAACCUCUGAGCUUUUUUAAAAAAUGGUAAAGUAUAUGAAUGAUUGUUUAAGAAAAUAGGCAAAAUUUUGAUCAGUUUUGAAUCCAAGGAUUGUAUUAUGUUGUGUAAUAAUAUGCACUUAAGUGGGAGUUCCUAGCCAUAAGAUUUGGGCUAUUUCAUGGAUGUUAUAAACAAUUUCAUGUUCACCCUCUAUAUUUGCUAGGCUGGACCUACUCAAUGUUCUAGGGGAUACCCACUAUGUUUUGUUCUGUAAAUAAAGCAGGAUAAAAACUGUCUUUUAAUUUUCACCAUUUCUGCAUUUAAAUGCACAGUAUUUGGCCACCUUUCCUUUUAUACUUUAUCUUCUCUGGAAUGACCACAAUCAUUCUAGAAUAUUGUGCAUGUCUGAUCACUGACUUAGGCAUCUCCCUGCACCUCCUCUUUCCCAUCUGACUGCUCCCCCUGCUUCUGCUUUUCUGUAGGUGCUUGAGUAACUACUGUAGUGCUUUCUAGUGUUGGGUGAAAUUGUUUGCUUCAUAUCUCAGAAAGACCAUACCUUCGUUGCUUUUUUCUAACCUUUUGCUCCUUUUAAAAUAAAAAGGGCCAAGGUAUAAGUUCCCUUAAAAAAAGAUUUCUCUGUAAAGUUUAAUUUAGAUUGUAUCAUUUGUCCGAUUCUCACCUUUUGUUGCUUAUUCAAUUAAACAUGCCCCUCAGCUUUUCUUAUAGUUGUUCUCAUCCUUCUCCAUUUUCCUUCAAGUAGAAUAUGAGAUCAAUUUCAGAGUACUGUAGUUUCUUCAUUUAAUACUUGAACUUGGGGACAAAUUGGAUGAUAGCUUAGGGACCUGCUUUCUACCAAAAAUGGUAGAGGGAUUGAGGGAUAGGUAUUUCUUUCUAGAGACAGAAGGAUGAUCAACUAUGUGACCUUUUUAGAGGUCGCUAUCCUCUUUGUUUUAAGAAAACCAGCAUUAUAGAUCUGCCUCAAAAAAAUGAGAAGUUGAGAGUUAUUUUGGGUCUUUCCCAUUGACCAGUAAGUCCUUUCCUCGCUGCUAAAGGUCUGUCUAUGUAUGUAAUAUUCUUGUGCUGGUGAUUUCUGUUAAUCUGCAAGUUCUAUCUCCUAUUGUAUGCCAGGAUGUUUAGUUUUUGUUUGAGUUCUCCGAAAGGACUUGCCUGGCUUCUUGUUUCAAAACCCUAUGAAGAAAAAUGCUGGAUGCUAAUUUUAUUUUACAAAAGAUGGAUUGCACUCUUCUUAUGCAUUUGCGAAUGAAAUAGAAUUGAGUUUUUGUCUCUAACUUUCCAGCUGCUCCAUGUACUGGAAAUGUACUUAUUCAUUAUUUACUUAUAAUUUUCUUUCUACUUGUUUGACUUUAAAUAAGUAACUUCCCCUCGGGACCUGUUUUUCUCAUCUAUAAAUCAAAGGAUGAGGCUUAAGGAAUGUAGGCUCCCAGUGGAGCUCAAAGAUGUGGUUCACUUGUCCCUCUUCUGCCUUGUUUUUAAAAUUUUUUUUUAAAAGAAGGUUGGAUGAAAGGCAUUAGCUCUUGCUAGCUAUAAUUUCUUCCCAGCUAGUUUCUUUGCACUAAAAAAGAGCCAGCAGUUUGGGCAUGUAACAAUUGCCUGUAACAAUUCAGUCUUACUCUUUCAGACUCCAAUCUUUCUGCCAAGCGCUGCUCAUUGUCAUUCAUACGUGUUCCAUUCCUUGCCCAUUGGAAGAGUCCCAAAGGUAGAUUCCAACUUGGAGUCUGUGCAAUGAAUUACACAUGCAUGAUAAUUUAAAAAGAACGACAAAAAUUACUUGGUAGCAUAUCUUGGAAUUAAUACAAGUCUGCACAAGGUUUGUAAAUUCUCAUGCUUGCGCCCCUCCUUUCUAGGAACUACAUUCUCUCAGAUCAUGUAGCCUCCUGGUGGUACUUUGAGCAAUGGGAUGAGAGAAUUGCUGAGUUUUCGUUCUUUCCUUCUUUUUUUUUUAAUUGAGCCCUGAUUUACUAUAAAAUGAUUUAAGGUUUCAGUCCUGUUGCUCCCCAGAUUCAUAUUAGUAUUUGUGGGGUAUGUGUGUGUGUGUGGUGUGUGAACACAUUCACACAUAUGCUCUGAGUGUGAAAGAUUGUCAGUCUGAAGUCCUGGAAGUGUUUAGUUUGAUGUAUCCUUAAGCUGGAGUCUGUGAAUUUUUAAAAAAAUAUUUUGAUGACUGUUUUCCAAUAUAAUUGGUUUCCUUUGCAAUCCUAUGUAUUUUAUAUUAUGUAUUUGAAAAAUCAUUCUGAGAAGGGGUCCCUAGGUUUCACCAGAUAGCCGAAGGCAUCUACCUAAAAAAAAAGGUUAACGACCCCUGGUUUGGUCAAAGAAAGUCAGUGGAUUUCAAGGGUCUUCUGAAAGAAUGGAAAACCGUUUUGAACAUAGAGAAUUUUUGUUUACAAAGUGGCAUUAGGACGUGAUGUUUUAGCAUCUCAACUUUUGUUCAUUGCUACGGUGCCAGGGCCUACCAGUUGUCAAAUGAACUGGCCCAUUUAAAAGGUUAGAUCAUUGACAUUUUUUAAAUGGAAAGAAAAUCACAGGUGUUAUGUAAUGCGGUCUCCUCUAUCUAAAACAGGAAGUAGCUUAAGAUUGUGUUCUUCUCUUGGAUAUCAUGUGCUUUAUCCAGCAGGCAUAAUGUCCAUAUUUCACGUGUCCAUGUUGCUUUGUUCCUUUGUCCUUCCUGGCUGCAGUGAAUUCUGUGAAGUGCCCAGGGAGCUUUUCUGAAUCCUAUCAUUUACUUAGGAAAAACAUUUUUGUUUGUCUUGGUUUUUCCUUAUAACUUUAGCUGGUAAAGCUGUAUAAGAUUUUUGGAAAGAAAGUGACCACAGUGAAGAAUUAUAGGUGCUGCAGCUCAUUCUUGUACUGGGCAAAUUAAAAGGCUAGAGAUUCCAGGACUCUCUAUUCCAUGGAACCUUCCUGCAGAUCAUUUAGUCAGUCAGUAAGCAUUUAUUAAGUGCUUACUAGCUGCCAGGCACUGUGCUAAACCCUUGGGAUACAAACAAAGGUAAAACCAGUCCCUGCUCCCAAGGAGCUUACAUUCUAGAAAAGGGCCUUCACAUCUGCUUAAACGAGGAUAGAAAGUUGCGUAAAUGGAUCGAUGGUCCUUAAGAGGCUCCUGUUGAGUGGGCAGCCCUACUGUCAGCUUACUUCCUAGAAGGCAGAUGAAAGCAUCCCUCAUAUCUACAUGUGUUCUCCUUAGAGAAUUUGGGAGCCAUUUGUUCCCUCAGAUUUUAACUCUGGACUUCUGAUAUUAACGUUUGAGAGGCCAUAUUGGAGGUACCUUGGCAAAGACACUAUAACUCAAUAUUACUAGUUCCAUUCACAUGAACUGGCUAACUAAUAGUAUUAGUUAUACUGAUUAAUAUAAGAAGUUUAAAGAAAACUUGUAGGUAGAAAUAAAAAAAUGACUAAGCCAUAAGCUUGAAAUUGUUAUUUUAAAAAAUACCCUAAUAUUUCCUCCUGAAGUUCCCAGAUAAUAAAAAUAUUUAUUUAAAAAAAUUAUCGUUGAAAGGCAACAUGGCGUGGUAUAUAGAGUUCUGGCCUUGGUGUCAAAAGAACCUGGAUUCAGGUCUUACUUCUGGUUUUGUGACCUUGAACCAGAGAGUUAGGGCCUUUUUGCCCUAAACAAGUCUUAAGAUUAUAUAUUGUCAGACUGAAUUAAUAGAAUUAGUUUCCAUAGCCAAAGUCCCAUACAAAGAUGGAAUCACAGGCAAGGGGACCCCAACCUCCCCCCCUCCCGCCAAUUGUACUAGCCAUUCAUUUUGAUGUUGAAUUUCUUCACCGGUUCCCAAACAUAUGGCUAAAUGUUUUCUCAAAAAACAGCUAAUGCCCCCCAGAUUGACAAUUUCUCCUCAUUUUGAGGGGUAAGCUCAUUGAGGAGUCCCUUCUCCCACAUAGGACAGGGAUAAAGAUCAAACCUGUGAUUUCACUGGUUUAGAGAGUAGGCAGGUGAGGAAACCCCCUCUGCCAAUGAAGCUGGCCCUUCUCUUAAACUCUUUAGUCUUAAGAGAUUAAGUGACUUGCCUAAGGUCACAGAGAAAUGUAAUAUCAAAGGCAGUACUUUAACCUAGACUGUCCUGGCUUCCAAGCCAGUUCUCCAUCCACUGCUGUGUAUGUGUGUGUGUGCCUUCACCCACAUACCCAUUAGCCUCCCACAAUAGUAGUGCAUUUGAAAACCUGCAGAUAUGCUUGCUUAAAGCCCAGACUACAAGUGCCUUUAGCGAGUGCUCACAAACUCCAAGAGAGAAGAAAUUGGUGAAGUUCGUCCUGGGAUAGUUUGCGUUCUGGUCCAGAGAUCGACAACCUGGAGCUAAGUAGGUUUGUGCAAUCCUUUAUGCCAACAUUAUUAUUGCAUGUAAUCUUAGUGUGACCAAUACUAAAUGGACCUUGACUCCAUAUUGAUCAGAUACCAGACCACCAUAAAAUUGCUCCUGAAAAUUAACCCAGUUUUCCCACAGUGACAACGAUGGCUCCCACCCUCACCCCUCUACUAUGUACAUAUUUUUUUCACUUAUAUUUAAAUGUAAUUUGGGGGUGGGGGAAUUAGCUUUAAUGUUUGCAGUAUUCUUAAUUUCCACAUUCUUUUCAUUAACCUCUGUGUUCCAGAGGGAUCAUGAUUAUACAUCUGCCAAUGAGAUAUGUUGGAAAGGGUAUCCUCUAUUGUCAUGAAUUGAACUUGCUUGUUUUUACAGAGCUGAGGACUUUGUUUCCCUGUUCCAUUUCAUUUUUGGUUCUGAAUUGCCUGCCCACUUUCAGGUAUAAGCCCAUAUUGUGAAUCUAAUUCUACCUUUGAGACAUUAACAUUUGCUUAAAGGCACCAUGUCACCUCAGUGAGAAAGUUAGGUUAAUGGGUCCUGUUUUGGACUGUACUUUUCCAAGCUUCUGCUUUGUAUCUGUGGAAUAUAUGGAGUCAGAUUCCCACUGGAUCAGGAAGCUCCUUGGUUGUGAUCAUUUUAAGAAUGCCAUUUUAAGGUUUCCUCCAGCUCUUUUCAAAAUUAAAAAUAAGAAUUUAUUCCCCGUAUUGUGAGAUUUUAAAAAAUUGGUUUCGGAAAUUAACCUAUGGUUCUGUCAACUCUUGAUGAUUCCGGGUUGAUUAUUUACUCUGAGCUUUGUCCAAGCUGCUUUUCUACCUCCCAUUCGUGACCCUUCUUUAGGGUGCUUGGCUACAUUGAGAGUUUUUUCUGCUUGAGAACAAAAGAGAGUAGACAGAUGAGGUGAAACUGACCCUUUUAGUUGAACAGGUUUCAGCUGCUGGAGUAAAAAAUGUCUGGGAGGUUGGAAGAUUGAAGCCAUUGACUUCAGUGGAGUGUUUGGAUUGACCAAGGACUGUAACUGUCAAAAAUCCUUUGGCAGAGGGUAUGGCAGAUAAUUGAAUGUUGAUUGCACUGUACUCCAAAGUCACAAGCCUUAUUAAUGAUAUAUGGAGCCUUUCUCUAGUCCUGUUCUAGACAUUAAUGAGUUCCAUGGCAUAUCCUCGUAUUUUGUUAUUUAUGCUGCUUGGUGGGCAAAGCCUGACUGAUUUAGCCUGGGGCAUAGUGAGUAAGGGAGAAACACUGAACCAGAAUUAACUCUUCAAAAUUCCUAAUGUGUACUCCUUGCCUCACACAAUAUGAUUAAGUUUCAAAGCCAUUGAACACUGCCACCAGGCCCACAAAAGGAUAAGAAAAUGUGGUUUACUUGUUGGAAUUUUAUUUUUUAUUGUAAAUUUGUUUUUAAAACUUUUUUUUUAGUUCUGAAGGAUUAAUUCAGACUGGCAACAUGUUAUCUUAGAUUCACCAUGAUUCACCCAGAGUCAGCAACAUGUUAUCGUAGAUAACACCCAGAGGUUCACCCAGAGUUGGGAAACCCUGGAUUCAGGUCAACCUCAGAAAUAUAAUUGGCUGUGUGAUCCUAGGCUACACCAAUGAAAUCACAGGUUUGGACCAAAAAAGGUACUUCAAGCCCUGUGUAGGGAAAGAAACCACUGGCCACUACAUUCCCUUCUCCUUUCUCUAAGUGCUAGAAGCCAUAGUGUUGACAGUUGCCUUUUAAAAAACCUUAUUUUGCAUUCCAAAUAAUCCUCUUAAUCCACUCUUUCCUCUUUCUCUGUGUGUGUUAGUGACCCCCUCACUAGUGAAAAUCAAUGUUAUCUCACUGCGUGUAUAUUUAUUCUUUAUAUGAUGUAUUUUUAUAGAAAACAAAAUCACAGAGCCUCAAGUGUCAUGAUGGAUGGUACUAUCUGAGAACAAAUCCCAUCUGGAGCCCAGCUUAUGGUUCUCGACUGUGAAUCUGGAUGGGAAACAUUUAUUCUAGGUUCUCCUAUGGACAGAAAUCCCAUUAUAAAAUGGGAGGUCAUUUGUUGUCUUGUUGCUUUAGAACCACAUGCAAGUCUUCUCUGUUUCUCAGGGUGCCAUUUUGCAGGAAUUAAGUGGUAAUUCUGCGUUUGCUGAUGUUUACCUUUGUGAAAAGAGGGGUACCUCCCAAUGCAUGGUAGCAGUUGGAUUUGUGUAUGCUACAUCUGCUUAGUAAUGCCUUAUCCAGACUAGGUCAGAGUAUGGUAGACAGCAUACCACAUGCUCCUAGUUUUGCUAUGACCUGAAAGCAACGUCAGUGAAUGUAUGCCCUAGAUCCCGAAGCUUUCUUAAUAUUGCUUCUAGUACUAAGCUCUGACUCUAGCACAGAGUUGUUUUUGAGUUGGAGAACAGAAUUCUGGUGAGAUUUUAGGGGGGAUUUUAAAGAACCAUUGAUGUGGUGGCAUUAUUGGGUUCCUUUGUGUUUUCUCUAGUGCUACAUCAAUGGUCUAAGAUCUGAUCUGAAGACUUCGGUCGAAACAACAGGAAGGUAGAUCUUGUCCCCUAAACUUUGCCAUAAAUGUUGCACAGAGACGUAGGGGUGCAAUGCUUAUUCCCCAUUUGAGAAAUCUCUCUUGUGUUUGGGGACUGCACAAAUGACAGGUGUUAGGAUUAAAACCAACCAAAUGUGAAUUGUGAAAUUAACAUUGUUCUUUAAUAUAUUUUCUGGGAUGGGGAGGGGUUGUUUUGUUUCCUUCGAUCACUGCUUAAUAUAUAUAACCUGGAACAUGUUUAAGAUGUAACUGCUUGUUAUUGGCUCCUUUUCACUUAGUGCUCUGGCCUCAUUUCUGUCCUCAUUUUAGUAAAGGCUUGAAGUUAUAACAGGUGUUUUGUGUCACAAUUUAAUAAAACUAAUUUGAGCCUCA